CGAAGAACAACGAACUGUCAAAUUGAGCAAAUUGAGGUUAUGCCGCGUGUGGAAAUAUUGACACAAUUAAAAAUAUUGCUCAAUUAAAUAUUACUGUCAGAAAAUAAUUAUUUCUGUUUGAACAAACAUUUCCAUUAGUGCCUGCAAAUUCUGUUACAAUGUCUGAAUCAGCUACUGAAUCUGGCGGAGUAGACAUUGGCCACAGAUUAAUAGCAGUCAUGCAAGGCCAUACAAAUGGAUUACCCGAUUCUGAAUUAGUUGCUCAGCUACCAGAUUUAACAACAGAGCAACGAGUUGCUGCUAUAAAUAAACUACUGCAACAAAAUUUAAUAGAAAUUCUUUCCAAAGGCAAAACAUUAUUAUAUAGACUAAAAGACCCUACCAAGCAAAAUGCUGUUAAAGGAGCCGACAACGAAGAAAAAAUAGUAUAUGGAAUUAUAGAAGAAGGUGGUAAUAAAGGAAUUUGGAUUCGUGAUAUUAGAUUCAAAUCAAACUUGUUAAUGACUCAGUUGAAUAAGAUCCUCAAAAGUUUAGAGAAUAAAAAACUUAUCAAAGCUGUAAAAUCAGUUAAUGCAAGCAAAAAGAAAGUGUACAUGUUAUAUAAUUUAGAACCAGAUAGGUCAAUUACCGGAGGAGCGUGGUAUCAAGAUCAAGAUUUCGAAUCAGAAUUUGUAGAAGUUCUUAACCAGCAAUGUUUGAGAUUUUUGGUUGAACGAAAAAAGUCUUCAACAAAUAUUAGUGCAGGUCCCAUAGCUGCACGAAAUGUAGCAUUUACUUCGGUUAAAGAUGUACACAAGUUCAUAUCGGAAUUAGGAAUCAGUAAGGUUAAUUUGGAUUUAGAAGAUCUAGAAACAAUUUUAAAAACACUAGUCUAUGAUGGAAAGGCUGAAAAAAUAAUAUCCGUUGAUGGGAGUACUUUAUAUAAAGCUAUAGAUGGCUUGCUGCCAGAUCCUGGUCUUUCAGCUGUCCCAUGUGGUCUUUGUCCAGUCAUGUCAAAGUGUUCAGAUAUUGGUUCUAUUACACCAAAAACUUGUGAAUACUUUACAGAUUGGCUGGGAUAAUAAAAGUUUAGAAUUGAAUUAAAGCAAAGAUUAUUAAAUAAUUUGAGCUGAUGUUAUGAUAUGUUAUGACAAAACUAAAUUAUGUUAAUUGCACAUAUACAAAAUAGGUAUAGAUUUGAGAAUUAUUUAAGUUGC